GAAAUAAAAAUAACAAUUACUUAACGGCUGAGUAUUUAACAACUAGGCGUGCUUAUAAUGAAACCAAAAAGGCUUAUAUUGAGAGGAUUAGUCAAGAUAAAAUAAUAGAUUUCAUCCCUUGGAAUGAGAUCGAUGGAAAAACAGAAUUUGUUGAUGCUGGAGGUUCUGGGAUUAUUACAAAGGCGAAAUGGAUAAAAAAGAACAUAACUGUUGUUUUAAAGACAGUGGCGGUUGCUGAAGAAACAGAUUCUGAUAAUGAUGAAUUUAUUAAAGAGAUUAAGGCUUUUCAUAAUAUUGGACUAGUGCUUUCAAGUAAAACGAAUGAGGAAAAUAAAGAAAAAACAUCUCACAUAGGAUAUGAAAAUGUAAUCAAAUUUUAUGGUGUAUCGAG